UAUGAGACAAGACCACUACUGGAGUGUCAGCUAGUAGACUAACAGGUGCCUCUACUACUCAGAUGCGACGGAUGCUUACUAACGCAGAUUUUUUUUCAAUUAGAUUUUUGAUUUUGAUUUCAACAAAACAACCGGAAUUGUUGUUUCAAUCUAUUUAACAUUUAGUGUUUCAUUCUAUAAAAACAUUUUGCUAUUAAUUCUGAACACUUAAAACUUUGUUUUAAAAGUACAUGUCUCUUGAGUUUAGGCUACAUUUGUUAAUCAGUGUCAUUUCAAUUUAGUUUGAGAUUAUUAUUUUUUCAUCAAAUGUGGCUACUUGGUUCAACUCCUGAAGUCAUGGAAGAGCGCCUGUCACCUUCUGCGUGUUUCGUCCGGAACCCCGGCAAUAACCAUAACACCGCAGCAGCGAGGGUUCACAGUAUUGAAGCAAUAUUGGGAUUUAAAGACGAAAACAUAUAUAAUCAAUCUGUUUCAUACAAUGGAUCAUCGGGGAAACUCGCCGAGCGGAGAGGGAACGGAAUUAUGUCAUCCCUGAAGAAAGAACACAACACGGAACGUUUUGACAGUGUCUGCUGCAGCAGUUCGGGGGCCUCUGUUAGUCCUGAUUUACCUGACGGGGAGGAUAAACUGUCCGAUGAUGAUAACCCAAAGAAAAAGCACCGGCGCAACAGGACUACGUUCACAACCUUUCAGCUGCAUGAGCUGGAGAGAGCGUUCGAGAAGUCGCACUAUCCUGACGUCUACAGCAGAGAGGAGCUCGCGAUGAAAGUGAAUCUUCCGGAGGUUCGAGUGCAGGUGUGGUUCCAGAACCGUCGGGCCAAGUGGCGUCGCCAGGAGAAGCUGGAGGUGAGUUCCAUUAAGCUCCAGGACACCUCCUCUCUCCUGUCCUUCAGCCGCUCCCCUUCCCAGUCCUUGGGCUCUGGACUGCAGCUGGAGCCAUGGCUAAGCACUGCCAUCACCUCCACCCCACUGCAGUCCCUACCCGGCUUCAUUACCAGCUCCUCUCAGGGCCUCCCAGGAGCCUCCAGCUACUCCCCUCCAGCCUUCCUCAACUCCCCCAGUUUCGGACACCAUAACCUGCCUCACAUUGGUUCUACGCGCCCUCUUCCUCCACCCCCAUACCAGUGCGCCGUGGCUGGGUACAUGGACAAGUUAGUCAUGGAAGAGACGGAUCCUCGUAAUUCUAGUAUUGCGUCUCUGAGAAUGAAGGCUAAGGAGCAUAUUCAGUCUAUUGGGAAGACAUGGUGAGGAUGGAUGGAUGCUGUCUGCGUCCCUCUGACUGGGGCCAACACUUUAAAGACUACUACUUCAUGCAGUGCUGCUGCUCUAGUCUGUGCACAUGGAAGUUCACUGUGCUAGAGGACUAGAGGACUCCACGAGAUUAUUGUUUCUUCUUCAGUGGUUUACAUCAUCGUCCCAGUCAGUGUUUUUUUGUGAAUUCUCAGUAUUGGAGGAGGAACAACCAUGUCUAAUUUCAGAUGUUCACAUUUUAUAAUGAACUUUAACUGUCAGUGUUAUGCUUGGAUUCACCAAGAUCCAUCCAGUCUGCUUUUAAUGAAAAAUGAAGGAUGCCAUUGAGGAGAAAGUAGAAAAUUGAAAUGUUUGUCUAUGUUGCUCGCAACCUGCUUUCCUUGUCAUAAUUUCCAUCCCUAUUUGAACAAUUCUCUUCUGUUAUUCUGCUAAGACAAUCCCAUCCCAGGAUCAAUGUAUGUAUUGUUGUUUACCAACCCUUAUUUAGGUACCUUUCUUUCAGUAUUUUUCCAUUUUGUGCUGCUGACUUUACAAACGAACAAAUGUCAAUUUGCUGUAAUUAGUUUCUCUCUGUACGUCAAUGAUAUUAUGGAAAUAAACCUGUAUAUUUACAUCAACCCUCCAGGCUGACAAUGUGCAAACUCAUCCUUCUUUCAUUAAUUGUCAAGCCUGAAAAGCCAUAUGUAAGCAAUCAAAGAAUCUAUGGCUAUCAAAUCCUAGAUGCCAUCGCCUGCUGUUGUACACUUGAGCAAGGCACUUAACCCCCCACAACAACAGGUGUCCAGAGUGGCAGCCCCCUUGACCUCUCUAAAAAACACCUGUGUAUGUGUGUCUUUCUGAAGGGUUGCGUUAAAAGAAGAAGUUCAAUUUCAUUUGGACCUUGUGUGCAAUUGGUCAAUAAAGUAAUGUGAAUCAUUAGCGGCAAGCCAAUACAAUUGAAACUCACCAAGUCAGCUCUUAAGACUCAACUUCCACUUGAGUCAAAUGUAUACUUUUAAUUUCCCAUCGACAUCAACACAUGACCAUGUGACAAUUCUACUUCCUGUGCCUUCAGAGAGUAUUCAACCCCCUUGCCUUUUUCCACAUUUUGUGGUGUUACAUCCUGACAAUUUGUGUCACUAAUCUUCACACAAUAUCCCAUGAUGUCAAAGUAGAUUUUUUUUAAAUUAAAAAUAAAAA